AGGCUUGAAGGGGGCGGAGCUUCACUCGAUAACAGGCCAAAAGACUUUUCCAGGGCCGGGCGAGUCGCGGGGAUCGCCUAAACGGGUCCGCCGGAGCAAAGGUGAGAGGUAAAGCAGGGAGCCGUUCGAGAUCGCUGCUCCUCGGAGAGAGGGCGUUGGAGUUCAAUUAAGUUCCUUAUGUCUUCCCCUGAAAUUGCUUCCCUCUCAUGGGGGCAAAUGAAAGUACAAGGCUCUACUAAAAUCUAUAAGGACUGCAAAGUGUGGCCAGGGGGAAGUCGGGCUUGGGAUUGGCGAGAAACAGGAACUGAGCAUUCUCCUGGUGUGCAGCCUGCAGAUGUGGAGGAAGUUGUCGAGAAGGGUGUGCAGAUCCUUGUCAUUGGCCGAGGGAUGAGUGAGGCCUUGAAGGUACCCCUAUCAACCGUGGAAUACCUCAAGAAAAAAGGCAUUGAUGUGCGGGUCCUCCAGACAGAGCAGGCAGUGAAGGAGUAUAAUGCCUUGGUUACCCAAGGCAUCAGGGUGGGAGGGGUCUUCCAUUCCACCUGCUGAUGGAGCCUUAAGAGAAUAAAUCACUAAGCAAUGA